UAGAGACAAAGCCAUCCCGACUGUAUCUGCUACCUAAAGCUCAGUGAAGUCUACGCCAUCCUUUACCUGCCCAACUCUGCCUCAUUCGCCUCCAUUGUAUUUAUUGCUGCUGUUCUUCUUCAGCGUUUUGAAGCCUCGGCGCACGACCUGCUGACCUGACGUAAGGUGGAAACAAACGAAGGUUCUGGUGGAGGAAGUCCGCGACGAAAUUCCAACAACCAAUAUCCAACAUCUGCGACCUGCGGAAGAUACGAUACAAUAGUGGAGGGCUUGGAUUGUGCCUCCAGUUUCCAGGCUGAGGGCCGCUUGAAGCGCCUCCCAACACCGUUUGACGGAAUCUUAAGAAGUCCUCCUUCAUGGCUGCGAUAGGACGAUGAACUCUUUGAACAUUCUCUCGGCACGAGUGUCGCCGCAGUCCACUCCUGCACCUUCAAGAAGCAAUUCGUAUGGAAACAUCUUUUCGUCCGCGACAAUAACUGAGGCAAGAAAGAAUUCCAAGGAAGACGUCCUCAACGAGAAGACGGAUGGUGCGGACGAAGCCCUAGAUCAGGAUUGUAACGAUGAUAGGAGUAUACUUGAGACAAGUCCUCUAUUAGAGAGGGUGGAGGACAUAAAGCAGACCUCGGAGUCAACUGGGUGGCUGCUGAUCCCGGCAAGAUUUUCGGCUGCCUUCAUCGACUCAACACGCUGGAUCUUUUCUACUCUAGCUGCGCCAGGUGUAUAUCUAAUUGCGUGUCUAUAUGAUGAGAGAGGAAACUUUGCGCCUUUUACACAAAUGCAAAGCGCCUUCUCUGGAGGUGGGAGGCGCCGGCCGACUGCACAGGCAUCAGGAUCAUCCUCAUCCGCGGACGAUGAUGCGAACACUACAGGAGAGAAAGGGAUUGGCAAAAGUAUUCCUGCUAGACGAGGGACGGGGAAAGGCAAAAAGGUAGUCUCGUCGAAUUCCUCUUCUUCUGGGCUGUCGUCCGAAUCCGAAUCCGAACUAGAGAGACCCCAGGACGAAGCAGAACAACCUGCAUGGAGCUCAAGCCGUCACAAUCGAUCAAAGUCAUUGCAAAAUUCCGACGAAAUUGCUCCAGCGAGACGUUCCAUCCGAAUAAAGCUUCACAACGAAGACAGUCUGCGACAACGAAAGCACCGAAAAGCGCAGUCGACAAGCACGCAGAGUAAUGGGUCGGGAGCUAUAGCUGCCGGAGAGAUAUCUCCAGCAGCACUGAAAUCCCCCACAUCUCCAGCUUCCUCGCUGUUGAUGACGAAGUACCCUCGUGCUCCAGCACCACCAAGGCCUUUGAUACCUCGCAGGCAGCCAUCUUACACCCUUCCCGAGCCACCGACUGGUAGGCAUACUCAGAAGACUCUUAUUCUGGAUCUUGAUGAGACCUUGAUUCAUAGUAUGGCGAAGGGCGGGCGAAUGAGUACUGGUCAUAUGGUUGAAGUGAAUAUAAACACAGUUGUUGGGUCUGGAAAUAACGCAAGUCUUGCGCCUCAACACCCCAUCUUGUAUUAUGUACACAAACGGCCACAUUGUGACGACUUUCUACGGCGGGUGUGCAAAUGGUACAAUCUCGUCAUUUUCACUGCUUCGGUUCAGGAAUACGCAGACCCAGUCAUCGAUUGGUUAGAACAGGAGCGCAAAUUCUUCUCAGGCCGGUUUUACCGGCAACAUUGUACAUUUCGACAUGGUGCUUUCAUCAAGGAUCUGAGUUCUGUUGAACCAGAUCUGAGCAAGGUCAUGAUACUCGAUAACAGCCCUCUGAGCUACAUGUUUCAUCAAGAUAAUGCAAUACCCAUAGAAGGCUGGAUAAGUGAUCCCACAGACAACGACCUUCUUCAUCUUGUGCCAUUACUAGAAGGGCUCCAAUACGUGACUGAUGUCCGGGCCUUCCUUGCUUUGCGUGGUGGAGAAGAUGGAAAGCAUAUAGCUUAAUAUAAUCAUACUCUCUUGCUCUUUUACCUUCUG